AUGGACUUCCAACGGUUACGUUUCAAACAAGUGAUGGUCAGCGGAUCUUCAAAUCCGACCACGCAGCAGGAGUACAAGACUUCACCGAACCGAGCGCGAAACAAAAGCAAACUGGGCUGCCGAGAAUGCAAGACAAAGCGGGUUAAAUGCGAUGAGGCCUAUCCAACGUGCAAGCGGUGCCAGCGUCGAGGCCUUGUCUGUUCGUCGGCACCGCGGCCAACACAGUGGCAAGUUGAAGCACCGUGGCUCUCGUUGCAGCCUAAAACACAUGUCAAUCGACGUCUACUACAGUAUUACCUGGAGAAAGUCAGCCAAGCGUUCGUUAUAGAUCCUGAGAACAAUCCAUUCUCUUUUCCUAUAUUGAAAGACAUUGCCCAAUCUCCGGCACUUCUCCAUGCUAUCCAGUCAAUCAGUGCCAGCCAUGAACAGUACUUCCCGGUCCAAGCCCCCAUUCUGGCCCUUGAGGAACGUGGCAAAGCCAUAGCUUGCCUUCGAAGAGAGAUAGAUCAAGUCCAACGUGCUCAUUACACGCACUUUCUGACAAUUAUGCUGUUGUCUCUUAUGCAAGUUGCUGGUCCUGACCCGAAGGACUACGGCAAACAGCACUUAUUCGGUGCCUGUGCCUUGAUCAACAGUAUGCUCCAAGACACAUCUGUGUCGACGACUAACGACCCUGUGGUUCGACUCUGCCUGGGAGUCUAUCUUUACUGGGACAUGGGCAGUUCGUUCUUAGUAAAGCCCGGUGAACUACAGGGUGUCAACUCAUUCCACAUAUCUCUCGCGGUGCGCAGGAUGGGUGACUGGCACCACCCAAUGUAUGGAACAUGUAGCCGUCUACUACUUACCAUAGCGAAUGUCGGACGAUAUUGCCGGCAGGUACAUGAUAUGCCGCAGAGACGAAACUUCGCCCAAGAAGAUAUGCUGGAGGCGGAGCUUAGUAACUGGACGACGAACUCCAAUAACCCCGACCUGGUCCACUUAUAUGAAGCGUUCCGCAACCACGGUCUUGUUCUCCUUUAUCAAUCUCGUGCACAUGCACAGAGGAGUCUUUCUACGGAUACGAAUUCGACCAAAGCACAAGAGUCAUUGAUCCUACGGUACGCCGAAGAAACAGUCCGUCAUCUGAUGCUAAUCCCUUCGUCCUCGUACUAUCUCAAUUUUCAAUCCCUCGCUCUUCUAUCAGCCGGGUCCGAAUUGACCGAGUCGCAUCACCUCCUGCGCGAUAAAGUGCGUGACAGACUGCGCGCCAUCUACUCUUUGAAUCGCAUACCCGCAAAUUUAAUGGCUCUUCAACUUGUUGAAGAACUUUGGGAUGCCCGAGACAGUGCUAAUUCCACUUCCUUCUGGCUAUCGCACAUGCUGCAGAAGGAUUGGCUGUUGCUUCUAGUAUAA